UUUGUUGAUACCAGCCCGCGACCCCAGAGCCUAUGCUCAAGUACUCACUCUCUCCGCAUGGUUGAUCAGAUUCUGACGUGGACGAAUCCACCUGCAUCUCCUAACAAAGAGAGCUGGUAGCGGAUGUUCUGGCGCAUUGUGGCAUUGUACGAUCAGAUCGUGCGCUCCUUAUGACAGCCACUUAGUGGCUCACCCUGCUUCGUACAUAACGCUCUCGCGCCUCGUCCUGACAACUCCGAUCUGCAUGCAUUUGUGUGUCUGUUACCCUACGAACGAUGUCUCUUGGUCUCCAUUCCUUUCGCAUCUCUAUCAUUUUGAUCUUGGCUCGGACUGCUUCUCAUCCCACGGCUGAUGCACCACACUGGACUGUGAAACCUGUCAGACACGAAGGGUGAUCUAACCGAUCAAGGAAGCAUCUUUGGGCUGUGGCUUCAUUGACUUGACUGAUGAGCAUCUGUAUCUCCACCCUGCUCUGACCGUCCUUCUUUCCUUCCCUCGUCCGUCCCGUCCAUUCGACUUUCUCUCUGGCCCUGGGGGUCCACUCUCGCCUGUGAACCAUUCGUUUUCGUUCAGCAACCGACAUUCCUUUCGUUUCCGAUAUGAGCGCACAGCCAACUGGGCAUUCACCACGAGCCCAGUCCUACGACGUUGUGAUCGACGACACAAGUCCUCUUCUCACGUACAAUGGGGGUCACUGGUCACAGAACCAGUCCAGCGAUGCAUAUGGUGCGAGCUAUACGAUGACCACCUGGCAGAAUGACUCGGUGCAGCUCACCUUCGAGGGGACGAAAGUGCUAGUCAAUGGCUCGCGGAGCACGUUUGGGUCCAAUUUCACCGUGAACUUGGACGGGAAGCCCGACUUGCUCUCUGCGCAGACAACAUCCGGCUUCCAGUCGUUUUCUACCACGAUCUACGACUCGGGGGUCCUGGUUCCGGGGCAGCAUACUUUAGAGAUCAUCAACGACAGUUGGGACACGUUGGACAUCGACUCCAUCACCUAUUCAUGCAGUAUCAAACAUCACGGCGACGAGACUUCGGAAUUGUCCACUACGACGGUCGAUGACACCAGUUCUGCGUUCACGUACCUACCGCACGGUGCCUGGGAUGUCUCUUCACCUAAUCUGCCGAGCUUCAAGUAUGCCACGGGACAUUCGAUAAACCUGGCCAAUGCCUCCGUCAAUUUUACGUUCUCAGGUGAUGAAACGAUGUUAUGCUCGGAAAGUGGCAUGACGCCAACAUCUUGACAGGUGAUGCAGUGUCCAUCUACGGCACCACUGGACCCAACCAUGCCCGAUACUGUCCUGAGAGAAAACAGGCCAACACUAAGUUAUUCUGCCACGAAAGACCUGUACUCUGCGCAGGUCCUGUUGUAUUUCGGGAGUGGGUUUGGCGAGGGAAAUCACACGGUGACACUAGUGACUGAUGAACCGGGCAUGUUCGAGAUGGAUUACGCCACUGUCCAUAGCUCCUCGUCGCUGCUCUCGCCGCUUCAAGUCUCGUCAAGUUCAUUACCGCAACCGAGUCAGACGGGAAUGCCAAUCAUUCCCACGAACCCCCCUCCACCCCAACAAAAGUUGGAUGCAUCGGCAGUUGCCGUCAUCGUAGUAGCAGCAGCUCUCUUUGUGCUUCUUGUUGCAGCUGUCUUUUUCCUUCUCCGGAGGAACAAGAAUCUCUGGGUUAUUCUGGAACGAGGCGUGCACUCUCCGUUCGAUGCAUCGGUGGCCCCGUGGAGAAUGUCGUUGGGACCUCGACGCGCGGCGAAGCGAGCAACGUACGUGCCGGUGGACGACGACGAGUCCUUCGAGUCUCCGCCCGUCCGCCGGGACACCGUGAACUCGACUGCAACCGCUUCCACCCUGGUCGCAGAUGCGGGCUCAACGCCCCGAAAUCCAGGGCGGCCGUUCUUCAAGCAACUGCAACUUGCGACGCGCUGGGGCUCGGGCCCCCCUUCUAUGACUCAAACUUCGAGCUCCACGGCGACGAUGCGCCAGCAGCUUCAGAAUGCACCGGCGCGAAGCGCCUCGACCAGACGAUUGCUACAGGACCCAAGCAGCGCUUCCCGAGAUGACCUGCUGGGGAGCUCUGUUGAUUCGCAUCAUGGGUUGGGGGCGGACGAUGUUCUGCGGCAUCCGAUACGACGGCACGAGCCGUCCAGUCACGACUGGCAUGCCGCCCUUCCUUGAUUUUGCAACCACCGUUGCUGUAUGUAUCAGAUCCCGUAUUUUGAAUAUCGAUGAUGAGCUCAGCCUCUUCACAUACAUACCCAGAGCCUAGAUCCGUCCGUAGACGGCAGUCCUCGCUUGCAUUCGGUGUACAACUUUGCUCCUGAGCUGAGCAAAGACUCCGUGAAACACGGGCCUGGGGACGAGACUGCGCUUAGACCGAGAACUGGCCAUCAGGGACGAUUUUCUCCUCCGGUCGAUCGUGGCCGUAAAUGGUGGUAAGCCAAAACGAUUAUCCACAGCAGGGAUUACUUGGAUGUCGAUCAAGCUGCUCCACGACACACAUCCAGACGCGCGGCAAGGACCAGUGCUGCGGUAUUCGAGAAGUGCGGAUUGAACUCAGCAGUCCGAGCUGCCGAUCCCGGGGCCUUCGCAGAUCCUCGAAGCGACAUCGUUUAGCAGCAACGCAACCAUUUGAUUGGUUUCAGAGCCCAUGCGCUCGAACAUAUCAUGAGCUGAAUUUGCUUCGGCCGACGAGUCGCGACCGGACGCAGAUUUGAAAAUAGUGGUUUUGGCCGUGGGAUUGGGAUUGGGAUUGGAAUACAAGUCACUACUGCUCUGUAGUAUACGUACCUCGUCCCCAUUUUCGAUAUUGCAGACAUCCAAGCGGUUUUUUAAUCGGUGUGUGAUCAAUAGACUUUGCAAAGGCAGGCAAAGGCUGUUACUGACGAGCCAUUGGCAAUAGAUGGAUCAGGCGCAUCAAAUGAUGGAGAUUACCUAAUUGAUCAUCUCUUUCCCGACGCAUCUCGUCUCCGCGCCCAAUUCUUCGUGCCUAGUAGACCAGGCACGCUCCCACGGCUGCAUUUAUGCUACCUUGGCAUUCCGUCUUGGCUUUAUCUCGGUUUUGCGUCGCCUCGAAUCACAUGGACUCGAGGUCCUGACCUGCGGCAAAUACUGGAUAUAAGGAGAGGCCGAUGCGAGAGGACGCAACAACAGAACGCCCCGCGCUCCUCGAAGGAAGAUGCGGUUCCUUGCGCUUGCAGCAGCGAUGCUGCUCGCGCCGCUGAAAGCAGUCGAUGCAUACGCUGUAUUCGCUCACUUCAUGAUCACCAACACGGCGUCAUGGGGUGUUCCCGACUGGGCUAGCGACAUGCGCGCCGCCCAGGCAAUGUCGAUCGACGCGUUUGCUAUCAAUAUGGCCGUCGGCGACCCCGCCAACAGCCAGAUCGGGAAUGCGUUGGCUGCGGGUGCGAUCACUGGCUUCAAGAUCUUCUUCUCCUUCGACUAUGGCGGCAAUGGGCCGUGGCCGCAGCAGACUGUGCUCGAUACGCUGACUCCCUGGAUGGGAAACGUGGCUUAUUACAAGCUCAACGGCAAACCAUUCGUAUCCACCUUCGCGGGCGCCGCUAACCACGCCGACUGGGUGCAUAUCAAGGCAGUCACGGGAUGUUACUUUAUCCCUGAUUGGUCGUCUGUCAGCGCGAAGGAGGCUUGGUCGUACGGACAGGCAGACGGUCUCUUCAGUUGGGCUGCAUGGCCAGUCGGACCCAGAUCGAUGGACACUUUCCCGGACGCGUCGUACCUCUUGUUCAUGGGCGCGGACAUGGGUAAUCGGCCUGUUGCAAAGAACUACAUGAUGCCUGUGUCGCCUUGGUUCUACACCAAUCUGCCCGGAUACAACAAGAACUGGCUUUGGAAUGGCGACACCCUGUGGUUCGAUCGCUGGGAACAAGUCUUCUACACUCGGCCGGACUUUGUGGAGAUCAUUUCAUGGAAUGAUUAUGGCGAGUCUCACUAUAUCGGCCCGCUGCACUCUGAAUCUUUUGACGCAUUCACCAUCGGAAAAGCUACGUACAACUAUGCCGACGGAAUGCCACACACUGGCUGGACUAUCUUCCUCCCGUAUUUGAUCCAAACCUACAAAACUGGGAAAGCCACAAUCCAACAGGAGCUGCUAAGCGUUUGGUUCCGAUUGACGCCGGCCGCUGCUUGCGGCGACGGAGGCACAACCGGGAAUGUCGCGAACCAACUCCAAAUCGAGUACCCACCUUCUCAGAUCGUCCAGGACCGCAUCUACUUUGCUGCGCUCCUCUCUGCCGAGGUAGCACCGAAGGUUUCCGUCGGCGGCAACGUUCUCCAAGCGCAGUGGGACAGAAAGCCCCAAGGCGGAGUCGGCAUCUACCGCGGCAGUGCCGCAUACGGCAGCUACCUCGGGACUGUGGAGGUGACCGUCAACGGGAUGUACGUCGGAUCUCAGUCGAUCACCACUGUCUGUCGCAACGGCGUGUCCAAUUUCAAUGCCUGGGUCGGGAGUGCCACCGGCCCGACUGUCAAUGUGGCUCCCAGCUGGGGAAUCUACGACAACAAUGUGAACUGCACAGCCGGGACCAGCGUCGGCGACUUUGCUGGUCUCUGCAGCUUUGGAUGCAAUUAUGGUUACUGCCCAAUCGGGUCCUGUAUCUGUGUCGAAAUGGGCAUUCCGCCUCCGAAACCGAAGCCCUCGCCCACCUUGGGCUAUCCGGGCCCCGGAAAGGAUGCUAGCUAUGCAGGUCUUUGCGCCAAUGACUGCACUUACGGUUACUGCCCCAGUCCGGCAUGUGACACUGCACAACACCCGUUGACGACGCCGACUUCUUCGCCUUUCAAUCCGAAUGUGUGCACCAAGGGCAGUGCGAAAUCGGAUCCCAAUCUCGGCGGUCUGUGCAGCUUCGCCUGCGCGUUUGGCAUGUGUCCGAUGCAUGUAUGCAACUGCGAUAGCACGGGCACUCAGCCUGUUCUUCCAGCCUACACAGCAUCUGCGGUUGGCAUGGCUGCGCCGGGCGUCACAGAUGGAGGACUUUGUUCUUGGUCAUGUCCUUACGGGUAUUGUCCUUCUGGUGCCUGUAAUCAUGGAUCCGCACCUUCGGCACCGACAGGGACUAUUCCCGCCCAAGACUGCACGUCGCCUCGCAAGAUUGUCGGGUAUUACAUCGGAACUGCUGCCAAGCGCGGGUGCUUGCCUUGGGCUCCUGAUGCCAGCGACUCGUCGACUUUCACGCAUAUCAUCUACGGUUUCUUCGCUGUCGGACCGGAUGGGUCGGUGACCAGUACUGCAGACCAGACGGCGGGUUUCAGCACCGCGCGGAACAUGAAGAAGCUGGAACCAAAUAUCAAGAUCAUGAUCGGAAUCGGUGGAUUCGGAUUCGGCGCCGACCCGUCUGGGUUCCUCUCGAUGGCUCAGAACUCGGGUACGCAGCAGAUAUUCGCGAGCAACGUUGCUGCGCUUGCCAAGUCAAUCUCUGCGGACGGAGUCGAUAUUGAGUGGCCGAUGUGUAACGGCCUGUGUGUCUCUGCCGACCAAUUUGCGAACUUGGUCGCGUUUACCAAGGCUUCUGUUGGAAAUCUGAUAGUCUCGGUGCACUUGCCCAACGGUUUCUUCGCUCUGAGCGGACUGGGACCUUCCCUGGGCUCGAUCGCUUCUCACGUGGACUUCAUCUCGCUGAUCACGACCUACGCUGCUAACAACAACAAUGAUCCCAACGACAUGAAUACCAUCCCGCAGAACAUGAAGACAGCAAUGGCGGCCAACUCGAAGAUCCCGUCCAGCUUGUUCCUCUUUGGGAUCCCCUUCUUCUCACGACCCACGACUUCAUCGCUCCUGCAGAGUUCUUGCCUAUCAGCCAACGAUCUUGGGCAGGGGACCUAUCCGUACUACGCCUUUGAUGCUCUGGUCAAUGACUAUGUCUACGACUCCAACGCCUGGUCUGUUCACGCGACGAGCCCGGACGUCUACCUCCAGUCUCUCUAUCUUAGCGAUGGUUCUUUCAUGUUUGGCGAGACGACCUAUUCGGUGGCUACCCGAGCGUCGCAAGCAAAUGGUCUCUGCAUGGGCGGUGUCUCUGCCUUCAGUAUUGAUCAGGACAGCAUCGACUCGGAUCUGGCCAACGGUAUCUUUGCGCUUGGUGGAUAUCUGCCUACAGCAGAUGUAGUCGUUUCUUCAAUCGGCGUUCCGAAUUCCAUUGACGGUAAUGGAUACUUGAGCUCCGGUGCUUACGAUACCUUUGCAUCGAACUUGGUCUCUCAGUAUCCCUUCCUGACUGCUGCUGACAGCUAUCGCACCCUGCUUCUCGGCGCUUUGGCUCUCCAGACACAGAUCAGCAACCACCUCGCCUCGUAUCUCUCGGCGCCGGAGUUGUCGACGGACAACUUUGCCAUAUACAAGAAAUGGACUGGAAAGGCGAUCAACUUUGAGAUUGCGUCGGCUACCGGUGGUGGGAACCAAUAUUGGUCGUGCGCGUCUGGACUGGGCGUGAGCAUUCGCUGUCCUGGGUUCAUUGACUUGAACGAGACACCGGCCAAUCCGUCACCGCACAUCACCACCCUUUCCACCGUUGUCUGGACUCUCAAAGAUCCCAACGGCUUCAAGACGUACUUGAGCAACUCGUUGGGGCUCAAUCUCGAUAAUCUUGUCUCCGGUGGCUCCUUUGAUGUUUCUCGAGAUCAGGCUUCGUGCGGCGGCGGCGGCAAUCCGGUCUGUCACCCGAGUUGUACCAGAGAAGAAGGCGAGCUGUACAACGCGACUGUUUCCAAUUCGACGGGGUCCCACUACAAUCAACUUGCGAAACGGGCUGGCUACGAUCCGCUCAAUUUGCCGGCGUGCCAUACGACUUGGCAAGGCCUGUAUCUCAUCGAUCCAAACACCUUUUUCUCCAACCCCAAGGACUCGAUCAACGGAUAUAUUGCAAGCACAGGCAAGCCGUCCGACUCGGUCAACACGUUGAGCAACUAUGCACUUGAGCCAAUGACGGAGCCCAUCCAACUGAUGUCUCUGCUCCAAAUGACACUGACGGCCAUCUCUGUCGGAAACCAGACGAUCAGCAACACCCUUUCGUACAUCAACCAGACGCGGCUGGAUGAACAGGAACAAGCUGCCUACGAAGCUGCAACGCGACACUCUAUCCAAAGCCUCAUCGAGACGAUCGCCAUGGUCGUGCUGGCGUUCAUCCCCGGUGUCGGAGAGAUCGUCGACCUAGUCACCGGCGGCUUCGACCUCGCGACGGCCAUCUCGGGCGUCGCGGACAUCGCGUCGCUCACGAAGAACCUGGAGGGGCUCGACGCGCUAGCCUGGAUCGGCCGACUCGGGUCGGACGCCGAUGUCGCAGGCGCGGUAGCCAAGGUCGAGAAUGCGCUGGACAGCUCGUCGCUGCUCGGGCGGUUCCGGUUCGGGCAGUCCGCGGAGCGGGUCCAGGGCAACUUGCUGCAGUGCGCCGAGUCCAACCUCGGCUCGUUCCUGCUCAACACGGCCGAUUUCGGCACGAGUCUCGCGUCGCUGCCUGUCGCGCGGCGCGCGUUUGAUGAGCAGCGCAGUUUGAACUCGACUUCCAGUGGUUCUGUUUGGGCGAACCGCUCGUUGGCGGAUACGACUCCUCGGUUCGCAUCCAACGACUCUUAUGUUCAGGAACUGGAGGCCAGGCACUGGGAGCAGCUGGAUCGCCGUGCGGGUGCUGCUUGUGUGUGGCAGGUCAAAGCCGCCAGCGACCUGAAGAUCAGCUCGACGACUUACCGUGCGCUGUGCAAAGCGGGGAAUCUGAACAUGGAGUACCCGAACUCAUUCCUCAGUCCGACAUCGACGACGACUGUGGAUUGGAACACCUGUGUGUCGAAUGCCGGGAAGGCCGAUGAAGGCAAAUGCCAAUGCGAUCACUUGUUUGAACCCAAUGAGUUCACCAAGACGCUUGGCGCCUUGUCAAAGGCCGAAAAGGCGGAUCUCUGCAAGCUGAGUAUCUUCGACACUAGUACGAGCGCGAUCACCAAGGUCCUCAACGACAAGUCCAACUUCUGUGGUCUCUGGGGAGAUGUUGACAAGGGCGCCAACUUUAACCCGAACUCGGUCAAGUCCGCGUUGCUGCAGUCGUUUGGUGACGAGAAAGCGCUGAAGUCUGCUUACAAAAAGUACACUGACGCGGGACGCAAGCUCAUGUACAGUGUUGCUGACGACCACAUUCAACGGUUCAAGACCGAGCGAGCAACCACGGGUGACAACAUUGAUACGCUUCUGCACACUUGGCGUGCGACCGUGGAGGCUUCGGGCAGCGACUCGCAGAAAGCUGCGUUCAAAAAGAUCUAUGCGCCCAAUGCGGAUGGGACGAAGAGAUCGACGUACAAGGCGGCUGCCGACGCCAACACAGCGCGGUCCGCGAAAACUCUAGGCAAGCUGAAAGCCAACGACGCUGCGGUCAACAAGCCUGCGCCGGCUGCCGAUGGCAGCACCUCGACCGGCGGCAAGAGCACACCCAAGGCGCCCAAGAACGGCUCUGGCGACGGGUCGACUGCGAGCACUGGCUCCGGGAACAGCAAUGCUUGUGGGUCCAGCAGCACGAAGCUGGGCAAGCGCAAGCGGUCGCCUUGAAAAGAUCAGACCAACAGCCGCGUUAUAUUAUAGCACUAAUACGCACAUACCCGCACGCUCCUUGUAUCAUAUCAUACAUACAUAACUCUCUUUUACAUCUCCGUCUCUCGAUUACCUGUUACAGGCUACAUAAGUGCAUAUACAUAUA